CAGUCAGUCGCUUCACUUCUCGUUACGGUGAGUCGGCGGCGAUGCGCGCCGGUGGCCGCGCGGGCGGAGGCGAGAGGAGCCGCCCCGCUUGAUCGAAAACGUCGAGCAAAAUAUGGCAUUGCGCGGAGCCCAAAUAAUCUCGCGACUCUGUUAUUCGGUCCGAAAAUGGGACAAACGGCAUCGUUUCGGUCAGGCAACCUUUUCGACGUCCCCCUCGUCCUUUUAGGACCCCGUCCAGCGAUCUGUCUUUGACGGCUCACAACAUUUUGUGCGACAGCGGCGUUCAUAACCAUCCCCGUAUGACAGUUUUCUGAACUGGCGAAAAGGGACCCCGUUUUUUUUUUUUUCCGUUGUCAUUCAGCAACCGUUGCAAAAGGCGUGCUUGCAAUCAGGCAACGUUUUGGACGUGCCCCACAUUUGCGUCAUCUUUUUAGGACCCCGCCCAGAGGGAAGGAGAAGCACGGCUGGCUAACCGGCUCCCGAGAAAAGGACGCUUAGGCAAUUAGUCAAGUAUUUAAAAAAAAAAAGUGCCUUAUCGAGUGGCUAAGAGUGCGUUCAAAAUGUCCGAAGUGAAAGUGAAGAAAGAAACGAACAACUGCGACCCCGCCGAAGUUGAAAACAGGAUCAAGGCGCUGUGCCAGCAGUUUCCCCACGGCAUCACGGACCAGGUGAUCCAGAACGACAUGCCGCACCUGGACGCUCGGCAGAGGGCCGCCGCCAUCAACAAGCUGCUCUCGCUGGGUCUUCUGGAUCUGCUGCGGAAUAGCGGCGGGCUCCUCUACAAGCUGAAGGACGCGCAGAGCGCCAGCAAGAUGAAAGGUUCCGACAACCAGGAGAAGCUCGUCUACCAGAUCAUCGAAGACGCCGCCGACAAAGGCAUCUGGAGCCGCGACAUCCGCUUCAAGAGCAACCUCCCGCUGACCGAGAUCAACAAGAUCCUCAAGAACCUCGAGAGCAAAAAACUCAUCAAAGCCGUCAAGUCGGUGGCGGCGUCCAAGAAGAAAGUGUACAUGCUGUACAACGUGCAGCCCGACCGCUCGGUGACCGGCGGCGCCUGGUACAGCGACCAGGACUUUGAGUCGGAGUUCGUGGAGGUUUUGAACCAGCAGUGCUUCAAGUUCCUGCACGGCAAGGCGGAGUCGGCGCAGGUCGGCGAGCAGAGUCCCGUGCUCCAGAGGAACAGUUCCUUCGCCACCUCGCACGAAGUCUGGAAGUACAUGCGCGAGCUGGGCAUCAGCAAGGUGGACCUGUCCAUGGACGACACGGAGACCAUCCUGGACACGCUGGUGUACGACGGGAAGGCGGAGAUGAACGUGAUGGCGGCCAAGGAGGGCACGCCGGGCUGCGCCGACGGCCGCAUCAAGCUGUACCGCGCCGUCCGUGCCGUGGCGGCGCCCGCCGGCCUGGUCAAGACGCCGUGCGGACUGUGCCCGGUGUUCGACGACUGUCGCGAAGGCGGCGAGAUUUCGCCGUCCAACUGCGUCUACUUGGACCAGUGGCUGGAUUUCUGACGCCGUCGUCCCGGCGAAGCGCACGCCGCGCUCGUCGAUAAAGUGGACGCUCUCAAAUCUUUGCUCGCGAUGCUUUUCAGCCGCAGGAUUCGCGCGCGUGCGCUUCGCUCAAGGCGGAUUUCACAGAAGCGUCGUCGAGGAUCAAAGCGAGCUGCGCGAAUACGAUGACGACGAAGGCGUGAAUCUCUUUGCCCAUUCAGGCCGAGGUUCCGCCUGAGGAAACGCCUUUUCCAAGCGAGAAGAAGAAGAAAAAAAAGGGGGGGGGUCACCAAUUGUGCCCCCCCCCCCAAAAAAAAUCAACAAAUAAUGACACCACCAACUCACUCGGGACCGGCCAAUUCUAGAGCAAGUCUGAAAAGACGUUUCAAAACGUCUUUGGGAGUGGACGAGCUCAUCCAUUUUUUUUUCCUUCUUCUUUCUCCCGAUCUCGCUGCUGUCGACUGUCAAUUUCCCCAAUGCGGGCCAAUAAAGGAUCUCUUCUCUUCUCUU